AUGGCGAUCCAGGAUCACUUCGACGUCAUGGAGGACGACGACGCUGCUUCGGUCAGUGGCAUCAGCUCAAUUCUGAGUGCCCACACGCCAGAGCGAGGGGGUGUGGACCCCACUGCAUCUGGCCGAGCGAUCGAGGCCGCCCUGGAGGAGGCCGAGCAGUUGAUGCGCCUUGGCUCUGCCACCCACACCGGCAUCAGAUCCGCCGGGAAGAAGUCUCUGUCCAGCAUCAUUGAUGCAUCCGAGCAGCUGCGGCAGCAGGUGCGGGAUCUGAGGAUCGAGAAUCACGAGGCCAAGGUGGAGCUGGUGACCCUCCGCGCCCAACUGGCUCAGAAGGAGAGCACGGCACAGCGUAUCGAGCACGAGGCCUCUCAGCAGAUUGCGGAGCGCGACCGCGUCCUGGCGGAGCUCAGCGCAGCCAAUGCUGCCAACCAGGAGAAGCUGGCGGCCCUCUCCGCCCAGGCGACAGCCUCGAGCACGCUGAGCCCCAGCGCGGCGGCGCGGCUGCGCUCGGAGCACGCCGCCGCCAUCACCCGCGCAGCGCGCAGUGCGCAGGCGGCCGCCGACCUGCAGGAGCGAAUGGAGGCAUCCGCGGCGCGCGCCGCCGACGCCAUGCGCUGCUGGACGGGAGUGCGCGACGGGCUGCAGCGGGAGGCCGGCCGCCUGGCGGCCGCGCUGGAGAGGAAGACUGCGGAGGCCCAGGACCUGCUGCAGGAGCGGGAGAUCCUGCGGGCCAAGGUCGCACUGCUGGGUGGCGCCACCCAGAAGAGGUCGGCCUGGGAGCCGGAGGACGCGGAGGUGGCGCGCUGGAGGCAGCGCGCAGAGUCGCUGGAGCACAGCCUUCGCGAGCGGGAGGGCGUGUGCCACAAGUACAAGCUGGCCAUCCGCGCGCUCAAGGCCAAGCUGACGGAAGCGGAGGAGCGGCAGGCGGGGCUGAAGCGUGGCGCGCAGGAGCGCGAGCUGGCGCUGCACGGCCAGAUCGUCAGGCUGCAGCGCCAGGCGGAAGACAAGGAGAUCGCUGCCAGGACAGCGGCCGCCCAGCUAGCGACCCCGCCGGCCUCGCCCCAGCGCCUGCCCGCGCAAGCUGCUGUGCCUGCACAGGCCGCCGCGCUGCAGCAGCAGUCGCUGCGAGCGCAGCUGGAAGUGGGGCUGGCCGCCGCCAGGGAACAAGACCCGGGCCAGGAGCUGGCGGGCGCUCUUAGAUCUGCCGGCCUGGAGCUGGCAGGUGAAGACGCGGAGGCCCACAAGUCCCCCCUGCGCCCCACCCCUGCCGCCGCUGCCGACCCAGCGGCAGAGGCCACGGGUGCCGCAGCGCAGGGACCGGCCCCGGGCGACUGGGCCUCGGAGCUGGGCCGGCACGAGGAGACGCUGAAGGGCCUCGAGGCGCGGCUGGCCGGAGCGCCCCUGGACUCCACCAAGGUUUCCCCAGCCAGGCCGGGGCAGACCCCCGUGCGGGAGGGCGACGAGAGGGCCCGCCUGCGUAACCUUGGCGUGAUGCUCGACCGACUGGCCGAAAAGCAAGUGAAGCACAGGACGGAGGCGCCCCGCCUGAUUCAGGCCGCCUAA